GGCUGGCAGGGAGACUGCUUCACACAAGAUGCUGGAAACUCAGGACCUAAAGAGACUGAGCUGACCCAAAAUGAGAGGACUUGUUGUCUUGGUUACUUUGGCCUGCUUUGCCACCGCUCAGCACCAAGCACUGAUUGACUACUUGGAGCGGAGGCUGCUUGCUAUUGAGGACCGGAUCUCUCUGUGGCAUGAACAGACCGCCCGCUAUGCCUCAGAGCUGCGGGAGCUGAAGCAACAAAUGGUUUCCCAGCUGGAGAACCUGGAUAAAGAGAAAGAGGCAUUGAGAAUGAAUCUGGACAGCGUGGGUACCCGGGUGGACCGGGUUGAGCGUGAGCUGGACUACCUGGAGACUCAGAAUGGAGCCCAGCCAUGUGUUGAUGUGGAUGACAAACUGAUAGAGCAGGAAGUGACGCUGGUAAAGGAGAAGCAGAAGGCCAAGUAUUCAAAACUAUCAGACUGCAGCGACAUGAUCUCCAGCAUAAAAGCCAUGAAGAUCUUGAAGCGAGUUGGAGGGCCAAAGGGCAUGUGGACCAAAGACACCAGCAGCGGCUCUGGGAAGGUCUAUAUUUUUAACGGGACAAAUGAAGACACUGUCCAUGAGUUUUCUUCUGUGCAAGACUUCACCCGCUCGCUGGGCAUGUCACUGUCCAACAACCUGAAGCUGCCGUCGGCCUGGAGGGGAACAGGACACGUUGUCUACAACAGUAACGUGUACUAUAUAAAUCAGGUUGAAGAGAUAAUGGUGGUUAAAUAUGACAUGAAGAACAACUCUGUGACAGACACUGCAGUGUUUCCAGUGCAGGACCAUGUCUCGGUGUACGGCCUGACCCCCGAGACAGUGAUGGACCUGGCUGUGGACGAGGAAGGCCUGUGGGCCAUUUAUGCCACACGGCAGAACGAGAGGCACAUCUCUUUGGCUAAAAUGGACACCAACUCGCUGGACAUCGAGCAAAUGUGGGACACAAACUGUCCGAGAGAGAACGCAGAGGCAGCGUUCAUAAUCUGUGGCACUUUAUAUGUCGUGUACAACACCCAGCAGCCGGGUCGCUCUCGUGUCCAGUGUGUGUUUGAUGUCAAUGACAUGGUGACCAACGAAGACGCACCACUGAUUUACUUUCCAAAGCGUUACGGAGCCCACUCCAGUCUGAAGUACAACCCACAGGAGCAGCUGCUCUAUGCCUGGGAUGAUGGCUACCAGAUCCUGUACAAGCUUGUCAUGAAAAAGAAACUAGAAAUUUGAGCUAAAUAAUGCACUGCACCAUCCUCCCACAACUUCCACAAACACAAACCCAAUAUCAGUACUAUACCAGUGUUUUAGCUCCUUAACUACAAAUCAUGUGCACUUUAUAUCCCUGCAGACCAUUUCUAAUGCUUGCUGUAGAUUGUGUAAUUUGUCACUGGUUCUCCUACGGCAUAAAAAUUAACAAGCAGACUCCUGACACUCACUUUAACUAUGUAAUCCAGUGACCCUCAGGUCUUUCUGUCUUUUUUUCAGUUUCAUUGCUGUGAUGUGGUGUAUCAGUUUAAGGCCAGGCUUAUUUGAAAAGUUACAUACUACACAUUAAACGAGGAACUUGAUUUUCCUACCAUACGGAAAUGAAUGGACAACAACGGGGGUAGGAGAAAUACAUUAAAAAAUUGCAAACACUCCAACAUACGAUGUAAAAUAGACAGCAGUGACAUUAAGUAUUGAUUAUUUGUAGUAAAUUGGCUGAACAUACAAUAUCACUAGUAAGUCUGAAUCUCCAAAAGCCUAAAAAGGAGGAAAAGUGCUGAAUUAUAUCUGUAUACUUUUACACACUUUCAGAUGUCAAUGUUAGGUAAAUUUCUAAUUUUGUAAAGGUAUUAUAUGUUCUCUUUAUCUGAGGCACAGUUUCUCAUUGCUGACAAACACGUUUCUAAUCUGACUGCACUGCACUUCUGCAUGUCAUUUCUGUGUCUACUGGCACAUCAACUUACUGUCCUGACCUGUGAUCUCCUGUGCUACUUCCUGCUUCUAAAGGUGUGACUUGCUUCUUUUUGUUCAUGCUACAAAUAUAGAUACAUCAUGACAACAUGUUUUUAAAUCAGCAUAAUUUACCAGACCACGCUACAUGUCGUUUUGCUGUCUGAGCACGUAAUUCGUAACGUAAUCUUGGUAACAUUGCAUAACAGAGCGCAUGAAAGCACUCUUGUUUGUUGUUCAGUUUAAUUCAACCUUAGGUCUCCCUCCUCCCCGUUCACGUGUGCCCUCCUGCACUCAUUCACCCCCGGGGGAAGCCCCUGAGUUUAGGAAACAGGGAUUUAUAGGGAAUCAAAGAUAAAGUAACAGCAUGUGUAGCAUCUAUAAUAACUCUGUCUGAACGCAGGCUUUAGUGUUGGUGAACUAGUCAGUAUUUAACAUUUAUUAUAUUAUAUAAAAGGCUAUGCUUAGUUCAGAAGAUAACAUUAAGUAAUUUUUUCUUUAUUUAUGCCUCAAAUUUCAUUACAAAUUUCUAGUUUACAGAUUGACAAAAAACUAACAAUCUCAUAAUCAAAAAACAUUUUUAGUGUUAUACACUUAUAAUGCAACCACAACAAUGUUGGCACUAUGGCAGGCGACCUCAGAGCUGCAAUGAAUAUAACUUGGAUAUUAGGACGCGUGAGAAACAGCUAGCUGGCUAGCACUGUUAUAUUUCUGUUUAUGCAUUAUGUGCACGUUUCCCACAAGUCCAGCACCUAAUCAUUUUGUGGUGGUAAACUUUUCACUAAAUGAAAUCACCAAAAUUAACAAAGAACACCACUAUUUGAAUUAUGCCGCUCAUAUAAUGCAAUUGAUUAUUAAUUUAUAUUUAUAUCUAAACAUAUCUAUUUCUUAAUGUUUGCUUAUAUGCUUAUUACCCCACAAUCUUCUAUUCCUCUUCCUGAAAAUAAAUGUCAACUCAACACCUGUUAACUCAAGGAGUCUUUUUCUAUGUACAGGACUUACAAAUAUAUUAAAGCCACUAUGUGUACAAUAUAAACAUUAUAGAGUUUGGCGCCCCCAAGUGGUAUUAUUGAAAAACACACUGACAAUGCACAUCAUUGCUUUCUUUGUGAUUCUUCCUUCCACUGUACAUCUUUCACACUUGUUUCUUGAAGGUGAACUGUACUGACUGACGUCCAUCUAUGGCGCGACUAAUAAAAACUCAUUUAGUUGGAAA